GAGAUUUGGUUGGCUACUCGUCAUCAUCUGAAGAGACUUGGAGCACCUGAAGCUUCGGGUGUCUGCUCCGGCAGAUAUGAGGGCUCUCCACGGUGAGCACACUUGGCUCUCCCUUCGCCGCCUCCUAGCGCGUCUCGGCAAACACUGCCGUGCCCGAAUGUGGCUCUGUCCAGGCAUCGGGAUGUGAAAAAUCAAAGUUGGGCGCUGGACGUUACUGAAGCUGAAGCUGCGUUCAACACACAAGCCUGGAUGUUGAUUUCUCACCUACUACUCCCAGGAAACCUGGUUUCAACAGACUUUAAUUUUCAGUCCAAACAGUGAUUUUUUUUCAUGUAUUUUUUUGGGUUCAGAGAACAUUCAAAGACUUCCUAAAUCGCUCACCUCCAAUCUGUCUCUUGUAUUUGUAAUGCAUUUUUAACAGUGGUUUGUACCAGCUGCAUAAAAACAGUCAGUUUUAACAUCAUUAACAUUUUCAAGAUGGAUUACUCGAUUUUAGCUCAGUAGUUUUCGUUUGCAUAUAUUAUAUUUCUCUUUCAGUGGUUCUGCAUGCAACUUGUCCCUUUAUUUUCCUUGAUGCAUUGCCAACGUAAUGGCGCAUUUGCUCGAGGCAUCAUCAUUCAAAUUAUGUUUUGACAAGACAGACUUAAUGUGAUCAUUACUCUAAUGGCUUUUAUGAGAAUGGCCUAAUGUCUCCUCUCUCUAGUAGUGAACUUAAAUAGGUGUGCGCUUCAGUCUACCACUUCUGCACAGGCCAGUUCUUGAGUACCAGCAUUGUACUGGAACUAAUGAUUCCUGUGCUGGACAAUAUGACCCCAGCUCCUCUGACACAGAACUGCUCCAACUGCAGCCAUGUUUUAGUCCCAGAGCUCAAUGUGGUCAAGGCUGUGGUUUUGGGUCUGGUGCUUGGUCUCUUCAUUGGGUUUGGAAUCGUGGGAAACAUUCUGGUGAUCCUCUCGGUGGUUUGCCAUCGACACCUGCGGACAGUCACGAAUUAUUUCAUAGUUAAUCUGGCAGUGGCAGAUUUGCUGCUGAGCUCCACCGUACUGCCGUUCUCUGCCAUUUUGGAAAUCCUGGAUCGAUGGGUAUUUGGACGGGUUUUUUGUAAUGUUUGGGCAGCUGUGGAUGUGCUCUGCUGCACGGCUUCUAUCAUGAGCCUCUGUGUAAUAUCUGUGGACCGCUACAUUGGAGUAAGCUACCCCCUGCGUUACCCAUCAAUCGUUACAAAACGCAGGGCUUUCUUGGCAGUGAUGCUGCUCUGGGUGCUGUCUGUCAUCAUAUCUAUUGGACCUUUGUUUGGCUGGAAAGAGGCACCGCCCGAGGACGAGUCCAUUUGUAAGAUCACAGAGGAGCCGGGCUACGCGAUCUUCUCUGCAGUGGGCUCCUUCUACCUUCCUCUGACCAUCAUACUGGUAAUGUACUGUCGGGUCUAUGUGGUAGCUCACAGAGAGAGCCAGGGCCUGAGGGAGGGCCACAAGACAGAGAAGUCAGAUUCAGAGCAGGUGAUUCUCAGGAUACACCGAGGCAAUGCAACUGUCUCAGAUGACGAGGCCCUUCGCAAUCGCACACAUUUUGCUCUGAAGCUGCUGAAAUUCUCUCGUGAGAAGAAGGCUGCCAAGACCUUGGGCAUUGUGGUUGGCUGCUUCGUGUUGUGCUGGCUCCCCUUCUUCCUGGUGCUACCCAUUGGUUCAAUCUUCCCUGCAUACAGACCUUCAGACACCGUCUUCAAGAUCACCUUCUGGCUCGGUUACUUCAACAGCUGCAUCAACCCCAUCAUCUACCCAUGCUCCAACCAGGAGUUUAAAAAAGCUUUCCAGAGUUUACUUGGAGUUCACUGUUUGAGGACGACUCCCAGACCGCACCACCAUCGUCAGAGUCAGAUGCAGGGUCACGGCCAGCCCCUCACCCUGGGCCUCGACAGCAGGGGGCCUCCUUCUCGGCUCAGCCCCUCCUCCUCCAUGGCCCUCUCGAGAACUCCUUCCUCCAGGGACAGCCGGGAAUGGAAGGUCUUUUCCGGAGCCCCCGCGGGCGAUUCUGGACCAGCUGAAACGAGCAGAGCGAAAGUGGCCAAACUCUGCAAUAAAAGCUUACAUCGGACCUGCUGCUGCAUCCUCAGGGCCAGGACUCCCCCGCGGGAGUCCGGCUGCGCCCACCCCACCUCCACCAGAAACCUUCCCACCAUUAAAAUCCAUCAGCUGUCCCUAUCGGAAAAAGGAGAGCCCGUAUAGCCACUGUAACGCUUCAUCCAUUUGUUAUGAGUAGCCUUUCAAGGUCGCACAUGAGAAUAAAUGCCCUUUUCCUCCGUUAACAUCACAAUGGAAUGAGCUGGUGGUGAAAUAAUGGCUGCUUUUAAAUUUAAAUUUCAUCUCAGCUUUGAAAGCUUUCUGUGAUUUUUUUUAAAUCUUGAUGUUAUCACAAGAAAGCAAAUUUUUAGCUUUGCACUGCAAGAUACAGCUAUAAGGGAAAUGAUCAAAUCUGGGAAGUGCUCGUAUGAAGAAAAACCAAAAAGAGCAAAAGAUUUUCUAUAUGUUUACACAUUUUAUAUUCCGGAAAAGCAGUUGAAAUGUCUAAAGCUGUGACGAGUGGGGCUCUUAUAUAUUGCAUGAGUUCAACAAUAAUUUCUGAAAUGCUGAUCAGUGGUGGUCCUGUUGUCUCCAGAUUUUGCUUCCUGCUCCUGUGGUGAAAUUGUUGCUUGUGUACUGCUCUGUACACAGUGGAAACCGAGAGACCUCACAUACUUCUGUGUCACAUACAAUAAAUUUGUAAGACAUACUCCUAGCAAGGGAUUCAU